UAAAUUCUGUCGAUUGUGUUAUCGCUAGUAGUCCAUCUCUAAUCGCACGAGGUGAAGAAAUCGCAAAAAAAAUUCGGAACGUUUAUUGAAUUAAACAUACAAAACAAUUGAAAAUGACGGAAGCAGCGGAAAUCAACGGCAGAGAAGAAGUGGAGGAUGACGAGCAGGAUCAAAAGCAAAAGAAAUCCGACGUGAAACGACAUGACGACGGCGCCGCAGAUCUGGAACGUGUGACGGAUUACGCCGAGGAAAAGGAGAUCUCUGCGGACAAUAUAUCCAGCGCCGUGGAACAGUUUGGCAACCAGCGUAACAAGGAGAACGAACUGCGAGUAGCCAAAGAAAAGGAGCUCCAGAAGGUCCAAGUCAAGAAGGAGGACAUUGAACUGAUUAUGAACGAGCUGCUGGUUAGCAAGGCGCAUGCCGAGAAAGUGCUCCGCGAGCAGAGCGGCGACGUGGUGGCCGCCUUGGAGGCCAUCAUCAGCAACUGAAGUGCUCGGGUUAUCCGGAGUAAUCGCCGUCUUUUAUGUAGCGUAACACUGCUUUAUUUGUACAUUUAUAAACUCUAGCGAAGAAAACAAUACAAAACAAGAUUUUUAAGCCCACAAGUUAGAGAAAGAGUGGCUAAACGAA